AUUGGAAUACAGUACCAAUAACUGCAAAGUGUAGUUACCGCCUUGUGGAAAAAAGAAUGGUUUUUAUGGAUUGUUGUAGUUAUUUAUUUGACCUAAGAACGUUAACAUGGGGAUUUGGUGUUUUGGUAACUUAUUAUCUAUUUAAAAAGAGAUCAGGAAAGGAAGAUAAGUCAGGAAAAGUUUGUUGGCGUAUGAGUAAGGGUCUUGUAGCGUGCGUUGCCUAUCAAGGUCAACGUCAAACUAUGGAAGAUCGUAUGAAUAUAAUAAGAUCAGGAAAAGUAGGAGAUAUUUAUUCGGUUUUUGAUGGACAUGGUGGUGAAUUUGCUGUUGAAUUUGUUGAAAAAAUGCUCAUUUCAAGACUUUUAACAAGACUUUAUAAACCAUUUUCGAAUGGUUUAAAAGGACGUUAUUUACAGUCUAUGAUACGUCAAGAGAUUGCUUACGUUGCUAAUCUUCUUAAUAAGAUUGAAGAUGAAAGUGGUGAAAAAUCUGGCACUACAGUGUGUGUAACACUAAAAAAGAAUGAUAAAAUAUACAUUGCGAAUGUUGGAGAUAGCAGGGCAUUGGUUUGUACAAAUGAUAACAAAAUUAUUCAGAUAACCAGGGACCAUAAACCAAAUGAUAAACUUGAGAGAAAACGUAUUGAAAAAUCUGGAAGUUAUGUUAAAUUUGUUCAAACAAUCUGUAGGUUAGAAGGUAUUCUUAGCGUCUCAAGAACUUUGGGUGAUAGGCAAGUUGGUGGAGUAUCAAACGAACCUGAUAUAUUUGUUAGGAAUACCCAAGAUUGUAAAUUUCUACUCAUGGCAACUGAUGGUUUCUGGGAUGCUUUUACAAAUGAAGAAGCAGUUGAAACAAUAUUACAAAGAAGGAAACAAUUCUCAUUAAAAAACACUUGCGAAUUUUUAACAAAAAUGGCCGAAGUUUACGGAAGUAUGGAUAAUAUAACCGUUUUAAUAGCAGAAUUUUAAUUUAUAGAAUUAUAUUACGCGAUUUAACUUUCUUAUUUGUUUUAUUCUUCUUUUCUCAUUAAUAUUCAUUAAUUUCUUUUAUGUAAUUGUGUUUAUACUUAAUUUUAUUUAAAUAAUACUUAAAAACUGUUACAAAUAAAAUAAGAAACUGCAACCUAGAUAAUGCCACUUUUGAUGUUUGAUUUUUCCUC